UCCUGUCUUACUGAGCACAAACGCGGAUGAGAGGAGGUUCCUCUCUGACAAUAACACGUUUGGCAGCUCCCGCCUUUUACAAUUCUUCUUCAUUUGUCUCAUAUUUUGGGGGGUGAAAUUAAAGCAUUUAAUUUUGACACUGGAGAUCUGAUUAGAGACAUUUCCGUUGACGCGGCUACCUUCAGAAAGAGAACACAAGCCAAAUGAGUGGUGCAACAUUCCCGUCCCCCAUCGCCGAGAUGGCAGAGAUGAAUCGUAUCCACUACGACCUGGAGUACACGGAGGGAAUCAGCCAAAGGAUGCGCAUCCCUGAGAUGCUCAGAGUGGCUCCACAAGCUCAGGAGGACCCCACUGUUGGCCCACAGCAGAUUCCACAAAGUGUAAUAAUGCAAGUUCCGGAAAGAAUUCUUAUCUCAGGAGACAGUGCUGACACCCAGUUCCCAAGGCCGAGAGACCUAGAUUUAAUCCAGUCGACACCGUUAGAAGCUUUGUCCCUGAAGACCCCUCCCAGAGUACUCACGCUCAAUGAGCGGCCUCUCGACUUCUUGGAGGAGGAGCAAAGAGCAACUCCAGAAAGUGAAGCCGUGGUGAGCGAUAAACUGCGGCCCCAAGGGCGAUUGAGGCGAGAACGCUCGGCGAGUGAGAAUGCAGCCGUCCGUCAUAGCAGCCAACUGAUGCAUAGCGAUUCUUCUCCAACACCGUCCCCGCAAGUCACUCUUCACUCCCGCUCCCCUCCCACUGUGGCUGAAGAAGAACACAACCUGUACAGCGCUAGUGGUGUUUUAUCUUUCCUCCAGUCCACUACACGUCGGGCCUACCAGCAGGUCCUCGAGGUCUUGGAUGAAAACCCUCGCAGAAAACCAUCACUGCGAGGGGGGUCAGCUUCAAGCUCCAACCCCCUGAAUGAAUCCAGGAUGGCACUGUCAACAUAUGAAGCUUCUCUGGACGGGGGCUCUGAUGACAUGACCGUCGUGGAUGCGGCAACACUUCGACGACAGCUCAUCAAGUUGAAUCGAAGACUCCAACUUCUCGAAGAGGAGAGUAAAGAACGAGCGAAACGGGAGAUGAUCCUAUACUCGGUCACCGUAGCGUUCUGGCUGGUCAACACCUGGGUGUGGUUGAGACGUUAAAGCAUGUGUAUUUAAUAAUAUCCCAACAAAACAUAAUAUCUGUGCACUGUGUGUGAUAUAUUAUAGAUGAUGCACUCAGCCAUCAAAGGAACAAUCAUAGACUAUUGCACGUGGGGCUCAUUUUUUUCUUCAGUUAAUUUAAUUCAUGUACAGUUGUUUUUGUUGUUUUUUUUACUCAUGUUUACUUGUUAGUUUUCUGUCAUUUUGUUUUUAAAUAUAAACUUCAAUGCUAAUAAGCAUGACUUGUAAAUAUGUGUCAUUCUUUCAUUCAUGAAUAAAGUACAGCUUGGUUUA